AUGGAUUUAGCACAUGGUGUUCUCUCUGGUGAUGUCAAAGCUGUCAAAAAUGUGUUGGAAUCAAAGAAAAAACUCAAUAUUAACUUCAGAAACAUGGGUGAUAAAGGUGCUACACCAUUGUAUUAUAGUAUAAAACAAGGUAAUAGAGAGAUAGUAGAAUUACUGUUAGAGAAUGGUGCUAGAUUGGAUUUAGGUAUGAAAGACGAAAAUGAGAAUGAUAUUCCAAUGUAUUUUGCCAUGUUAGCUUUAGUGCCUCGUGUAAAUAAUGAGUUAUUAAAACUAGUAACACCUAAAGGUCCUAUUGGUAUAGAUCAUAUCUUUUAUAAUGGAAAAAAUGUAUUAUUUCACUGUAUAGAUCAUAAUGUUCAUCAUGAUGUGAUAGAUUAUAUUUUACAUAUUGGUUCAGCUCAUCUAGUUACACAGUAUACGCAGGAUAACAUAUGUGCAAGAGAUUAUGCAGUUAAAUUACAAGCUGAUAAAAUUGUGCAGGUUAUUGAUAAGAAUGUUUGUCGCUGGAUUGUUGAAGGAAAAGAUAACAGAAAAAUAUUAUUUUUACAUAAUUAUCAACACAUUCCACAAGUUAUACUGACAAAAGAAGAAGAAGAAGCAUUCUCCUGUUUACCAGAUUAUUAUGAUCAAAUCAGUAAAUUUCAUGAUGCAGUAGAAAAUAGUGAUUAUGAAACCACACAUUAUCUGUUAGAUUUUAUAGAUUCUAGAGUUUUUGGUAUAUUAGAAACUUGUUUAGCAGACUCCAGACGACGGGGAGAUGGUCAGCCUGCUAUCCAUAAAGCUGUAUUAAGACAUAAUAUUCAAAUUGUACAAUUACUAGCUGAAACAUUAGUUUAUCAACAAAAACAAAGAUUAGAUUCUAUCAGAGAUCAGUCAUUUCGCACACCCCUACAUUAUGCAUAUGGUAUGGAAAAUGAACGCAAUUUGGUUAAUUUAUUAUUAGAUUAUGGUGCCUCAGAAUUUACUGUAGACAAGAAUGGUCAUUCACCAUUAGAAUUUAAAGAUAGAAGAGGAGAAAGAUUAAUGGAAGGAUUAUUAGAAUAUCAGUAUGAUCAGUAUCUAAAUGAACCAGAACCUGAUCCAUGGUCCAUACCGUUGUCAAUACCAAUAUUAGGCUAUUUUCUCAGUUGUAGUCAUCCUACACAUUUAUCAACUAUCAUACCAUCCAAACCAUCAUCAUCCUUAACAGCUAGUCAACGUAGAAGAUCUGUGCCAGAGAUGAAAUUACGCAAAAUUGCUUCAAGAUCAGCGAGCAUUGCUUCACAUUUAGCCAACUUCACUGAAGCUCUGCGAUCACGCUUAGCUCAAAGAAGCUACCAUCGUCAUUCAACUGAUAAAGAAUAUUUUCCCAUACCUUCUGAUGAAAAUAAACUUGAAGAAGAUCCUGAUCAUUUUUUGUUAAAUGGUGAAGCAGAUGAUUUAUUAACAGAAAAAGAAAUCAAAAAAUCAUCUUCAUGUAUGAUGCAAUGA